AUGAAUUAAUAGAUUAAAUACUUUAAUGAUAUUUCAAUAUUAGAAAGCUCUCCUUUAUAGUCUCAUUUAAAUGUUUUUGUUGAUCUAAGUAAAAAUAAAUUCAAAUUAGAUGUUUAAAAAUUUAGUGAUGCUUUGUCAAAUUGUAUCAACCUUUAAUCUUUAAAACUUGAUCUCUAAAAUAAUCACUUGGAUUCAAAAGAUUUAAAAAACAUAUGUUCUUCUCUAGCAAAAUGUCCUCAUCUCUCAACAUUAACUCUCUUGCUUUUUGAAAAUGAUACUUGUGAUGAAGGUGCUUCAUUAAUAGGAUCUUCUUUAACUAACAUCAAGAAUUUAUCUAAUUUAACGCUCAAUAUUUAAGAAAACAAAAUUACAUGUUUAGGAGUUUCAGCACUAGGAUCUUUUUUCGAAAAUUAUAAGAGUCUCUCAAUUUUUAAAUUGAAUCUCUAAUUCAACAAAAUAGGUAUAUUAGGAGCAAAAAACCUUGGUACUUGCUUAGAAAAGUGCACUAACCUUACAGAUUUAGCUUUAAAUUUAGUCCGAAACGAAAUCGAAAAAUAGGGCGCUUUUGGUUUAUGCUCGCCUCUAGUUAAUUGCAUAAACCUUAAAAUUUUAUCACUAAAUUUAGGAAAUAACAAUAUUGGUGACGAAGGAGUAUAAAACAUAGGUUCUGUUUUAAAAAAUAUCCCUAAGCUGUCUUAUUUAACUUUAUUCCUUUACUAAAACUAAAUAAGUUCGUAAGGUGCUUUAAGUCUUUGCUCAAAUAUAGCUGAAUGCCCUAAACUUUCAUCUUUGACAAUGUCUUUAGGAUAAAAUUAUAUUGGAUCAUAGGGUGCUUCAGAUUUAAUUUAGGCUUUAGGAAAAUCCCCAAAACUCUUAAUUUUAUAGCUUUAUCUUUAUUCGAAUUAAAUUGACAAUAAAGGAGUGUAGUUAAUAAGUGCCUCUUUAAAAAGUUUAGUACGGAUCACUUAUUUAAUACUCACAUUAGGUGAUAAUAAGAUUAGCUAUAUUGAAGGUUAAAUUAUUUCAAAAAAAGCUUUGAAGAUGAAGAGAAUGGUGAAACAUUAAAUUAUUUCAAUAUGA